AUGCACACAGAACAUGAAGGUUCUCAAGGUGGUCUAGUGCACCGCCCCAGUCUGACGGGGUCUUCUGGAACCGUGCGUCUUCGCAGUGUGAUGACGUCCACUCAAGGUCGUGCCCGAGAGGUGGAGACGGGACAUGCAGAGUCGCAAGGAGAGAUAGCCUUCGGGGAUAAGCAUGUGGUCCGUUCCUUUGAAAUAGAACGACAUUUGUCUUCUGAAGAUGCGAAUAAUCACAAGAAUUUCGAACAGAACGCUGUCGUGACAAGGACGGGGUUGGAUGGGCAAGUCGUAUCCGCACACUCCCACGUCAGCAAACGAGCGAGGACAGCUUUGGAAGAUGCUGACCACGGAUCAAUUGCGGAGGGAAAAAAAGUGAAGGAGCGACCAAAUUUCUUCCUCUCAAUGCGUCUGAACGACCCAGACAUUCAAGGCCACUUUCAUCAUUUUUAUGAACAUAUGCACACACAGCAUCCGAUCCUGAAGCCAUGUCUUAUUCCACCGCAGCAGAUGCAUCUGACUCUACUAGUUAUGCACCUUGAUGACACAACCAAAGAUGAAGCUAUCAAAUGCUUUAAUAGUUCGCGUGAGAUUGUACAGAAUUACUUCAACGGCAGGCGUCCGUCCUUGCAUUUUCGGGGAACUGGCUCCUUUGGUAGUCGAGUCGUCUUUGCCACACCGGAGCAGAAUGCUGACCUAGACAUGGUUCGAGAAAUGGCGGCAGCUCUAAAGCAGCAUUUUACUGAUUGGGGAAUCUCUCUCCCGGGUAAUAAGGAGGCGUUCGUUCCCCACUGUACUCUCAUGAAAAUCAAAGAUAGCCGCAAAUUGAAAUUCAUUCCAAAGGAAGCUUGGAAGGAGUUCAAGGAAGUCGAUUGGGGCUCCUCAAUCGUAGCCAACUUGGAGCUCUCCUCCAUGAUUGCGAAGAAAGAUCCCGAUGGGUAUUACAAAGCCAUUGCUACCUUGCCUUUCGGUAAAUGA